AUGGCUAUUCCACGACAGAUCAUCAUCGUCGGCUCGGGUGUCUUUGGCCUAUCCACGGCGUACUACAUGAGCCGAGACGCCACGUUUGCCAAAAGUAGUAUCAUCCUCCUGGAUGCCUGGGACUUUGAGCCGGACUCCCAAUCGACUUCCGUGCAUAAUCCUGGAGCAGCAAAUGCAGACACAUCGCGCAUCAUUCGUCGUGUCUAUCCACAAGGCCCAUACGCCGCGCUCGCAGAUGAAGCUGUGCAGCGCUGGCAUGCAGAGUGGGGCAGAGAUGGCAGAUAUGUCGAGCAGAGACUAUUAUUUGCUGCAGAAGGCUCUUCUAUUGAGUCUCCCCGACAGCGCGACGAGACCGUUAAUUAUAUCAAGGAUGCCUAUGACACUAGCUGUGAGAUGACUCCUGGGGGUGCUGAGUCGUUGGAAAUCUGGGAUUCACUUGAUAGGAUACGUUCAGAGCUUCGGCCGUCUGGGAAGCCAUCUGGAAACGGUCGUAACGCGCAAGACAAGCAGCAGGAAAGGUCAUUGAGAGGGUUCAUCUCGAACGACUGCGGCUGGGCCAAUUCUGGGGCAACCAUGGAGUGGUUACGACAAGAAGUGGUUCGCAUGGGUCGUGUCGAGCGUCGUGUCGGCGAAGUGCAGAAUUUGCUUUAUUCGAAUGAGGGAACCCGAGUCAACGGGGUCCGACUUCGAGACGGGGCAGAAAUUAUAGCUGAUCUGACGAUUAUUGCCGCAGGCUGUCACUCCGCACGCAUCCUGGGCGUGCCAGAAAUGUGUAGUGUCGAGAGCGCAGUCGUUGCAUACAUCCAGCUCUCCGAGGCCGAGAGCGAAGAGCUCAAGAAGAGAAACUGGCCGUUGAUGAUAAACACCCAUCGCGGAGUAUUUUGCGUUGGACCAGACCACGACAACUGCUUAAAGUUGGGGCAGUGCUCAACCAUGAGCAAAAAGGAAAUCUUGAAAAGCGCUUCUCUCGCCGUUGGGCCGCAAACCCGCUUCUCAGAACCCGUCCAUCAGCCUGACUGGGAGAAUCCCAAGGUUGGCUGGGGGUGCAAUGUCAUGCUAUCUAGUCAAGGCGAUGUUGUGGACCCCGAGAGCGCUUCGAUCAACAAGACUUUGGCCGCUUUCCGUUUAUUCCUCCUGGAGCUACUUGGGCCGGUAGAUCUCGGAGGUUUUGACAUUUUGGAAUCAGAUGACGGCCUACUCAACAAUAUCGCCGUCCGACCAUUCGCUCGGGUGCAUAAGUGCUGGUACAAUGACACGCCGACAUAUGAUUUCGUAGUUGAUUAUCAUCCUUCGUACGAUAGGAGUCUAUUUGUCGCCUCGGGAGGCUGUGAUCACGCGUUCAAAUUUCUACCGGUUUUGGGGGAAAAGGUGACGUCCAUACUCCUUCACCAUCUGGGCGUGUCUAGCUCUUCCACACCAAUAGAUUCUUCGAUAGAAGAGCUGUGCAAACUUUGGAAGUUUCCGGCGCAUCUCGUGCACUAA